CAAAAAUAAGCUAAGUUAGCAACAGUAGUUUGGCCAUUACUCCACAAACCUUGGUAUAAAUCAUAAACGACUAUUGUGCUGUAUCUUUCUAUUAACUAUAUGGAAGUCGAUAGGGAUAACCGUUAUUUGCUUAAUGGUUUUAAUAGCUAAACGUAAAUAACGUUAUAUAGCUUAACUGUUAACCAGUGGUUACGGCUAAUGCAGCUAACUGUUUGUAAACGGUACUACACAGCUAGCUUGGCUAACGGCGCCGUUAGCAAGGAAUCAAACAUAAUUUAUUGUAAAUCUAAAUAAUCGAAACAGGAAAAGAGUGCUUUUAAAAGUCCGUCAGUUCCCACGGGGUGUUUAUAGAAAGGCGGACACAAUGCAACACGUCAAGAUCAAGACGGAAAGGCCAGACUUAGACGGGGCUGGUGCACGCAGCAAAUUAGAAGCUGUCUUAAAGGGACUGGUAGAGAAGAGUGAAAAUGAAAGCAGAGAACAAAAUGAAGGUGACCCAGGAAAAUUGUCAGCAGACUCUUUGAACAAGGAUUUAUCGCCAACAUCGGCUGGAAAAAGACCGUCGGCUCGAUUUCCACAGCACCGGAGAAAGAAGCGAAAAGAGAUGGAUGAGAGCAUUCCAGAAAGCAAUCAGCAUAAGCAAAAUGCUUACGUUAUUAAGUUGUUUGACCGCAGUGUAGAUCUGGCUCAGUUCAACACCGCCACCCCACUGUAUCCUAUCUGCCGUGCAUGGAUGAGGAAUAAUCCUUCCGUUCGAGAACCAGCUGCUUCCCCCAGCUCCCCACAGGGCAUGGUAGAGGAAGAGGUUACAGACACAAUCAACGGUAAAGGUCAGAAUGUGUACCGACUUCCUCCUCCGACCGCCUGUCCAGUCAACUCCUCUGGUGAACCCAUCAAUCUCAGGAUCCCGCCUACUGAAAAACCAACUGUUACCAAGUUGACAGAUGUUGCUGUGUCAGGUUCUCUCAUAUGUGACCACAUGGAACGUUGGAAAAAGAUAAGGCAAAAAUGGAAGGAGUGCUCCAACAAGAAUCAAUUAAGAUACAGUGAGAGCAUAAAGGUCCUUAAGGAAAUGAAGGAGCUCUAUGAUCACUGACUGGCUACUCUGUAGCUCUCCAGUACAGAGAGGACUUUGUUGGAAAGAAGCAGUCAGUGCUUGAAUGCACCUGUUUCUACACAGUCUGACUCAUAGAAAAGCGUGUACAUUUUUUUUAUUUUUUAUUAAUUUGUAAAAAUCUAGUGGAUACAUCUAACUGUUUCAUCAGUAGUACUUUCCAGACACAAUGACUUGUAAAAUCUCAAGAUUAAUGAAAUGUGUAUUAAAGUGCUUUAAUAUAAAUCUCUUCCACUUUUGGUUUUACUUCUUUAAUCUUGGCAUGUGUUAACGAGCAUCCUGCAGGUAAUGAGGUAUAUAUCAUGACUCAUUCUUUCAUUUGUAUUCACGUCACACUUAUAAUAGUCAUUGAUGAAGUACCAAAACCUGCUUAUGUCUUAAAAUUUGCAUGUCAUUUUGUAUAGAGUAAAAUACACAACUGUGCAAAAUUCUUGAGCCACUUUUCAUAACUUUAUAUUUUGGACUCUCUUAGGCAAGCUUUCUUGUCAUUUCUUUAAGUAGUCUCCAGGUGUAGUUCUCCAGGCUUCUUGAAGAACAUUCAAAGCUCUACUUGGGAUGUUAGCUGUCUUUUUCAUCUGUUCACUGUCAAGAUGAUCCCACAUUGCUUCAAUAUUGUUGAGAUCUGAGUUCUGGUGAGGCCAGUUCCAGUGCCAACAGUUUUUUUUCUAUCCAGGUAUGCUUUUACUGAUACUUUUAUCAUGCUGAAAAAUAACGCUAUGAGAAUUGCAUGCUUUCCAGGUGAUAUUGCAAGGCGGAUCAAAAUUUCAUGGCACAUUUCUGCGUUCAUGUUUCAGUUUUGACAAGAUCGUCACGGCUACUGGUGGUAAUGCAGCACCAAGCCAUGGCGGGGCCUCCACUGUGUUUUCUAUGCUGAGUGGCUAGAAACACUGUUGUGAGACUCUAGGCCCCCGUCCAUGAAUAUUGACGACCAUUUGAACAUAAAAUGUUCAAAUUUGGAUUCUUUACUUCGUAAGACCUGUUGUCACUGUUGUUGCUUUUCAGUCUAGUUCUUGUCUAAUUUGGCAUACCUCUGCCUUUUAUCCCUACUUCCCUUCUUUAAGGACGGCUUCUGACAGCUACCCUUACACUGAGACCAUUUCUGAUGAAGUUUCAGUGAACAGUAGAUGGAUCAACUGAAGGGUCCAAUACAUCUCUCAGGUCCUGUGUCAGGUGUCCUGUGUCCUGCUCGAUGUUUUCCACCAGUUUUUUAAAGACAUGACUGUUCAUCUUCUGCAAAUAGCCUAUUUACACCUGCCAAUUCAUUAUUUUUUAUUUUUACUUUUAAGGACAAAUAAUAUCACAUCUAUAGUUCAGAAUAUCUUAGUUCAGAAUAUCUUGCCAGCUACAGUUCUUUUGCAAGACUUUGGCACUCACAAGCACAAUUACAGGGACACCUGAGAGGGGUGAAUGGGAAGAAUAGCGUGUUUGUUCUGAAUCAGUGUGGUGCUUUAUUAUUAUGUGUUAAGCAGGUUAACCAGUUAACUAGGUUCAAGCACAAGGUUGCUUAUAAGUGUGCUUGGUGUCAGUUCCCCUUUAGGCCAAAGGUCAAUGAUUGACUUUAUAGUUCUGUCAUCUGAGGCCUUGUCUUGUGGAUACUUGGGUAAUGUGACUAGCAAUGGUGAACUGGAUUAUAUGAUGGUGAAGACUGUCUGGGCAGACCUGGAAAACCUAAAUGGGAAAAUUUAGGAGUGUCUGGCAGAUGCCCCAGUCCAUAGGGUUUUUCACUCCAUGUUUAAGACCUCUAUUGCAGAGCCAGCAAGCAGAGGUUGUAUUUAUAAAGUUAUUGGUGCCUGUUGUGGUGGCAACCUAAGGAUGAGAUGUACUGCUAGGUACUAGUGGUUUACACUGGUCAGGGUAAAGGACGAGGAUUUCUAGGCCUGGUUGACCCUUGGAUCUUCUGAAGCAGCAGAUGGGUAGCGAAGGGCCAAAAGGGCUGUGGUUUCUGAAUUAACAGAAGUAAAAACUUGUGUGAGUAGGUCAGGAGGACUUUCAGCUUACCUCAAGGAGAUUCUGACAAACUGUUGGGUUAAUACCACAAGAAAAAAAGGGCUUUAUUCAGGUCAUGUAUGGUCAGUAAGGACAGUUGCUGACAAAGACUGUGGAAAGAUAACUUUGAGGAAUUCCAAUUCCCAAUCAAGAUAUCCUCUAUGAAGAGAGCAGAGGUUGCUGAGAAGCUCCCCAGUGGCAAGGUGCAAGGUUUGGAUUGAGAUUCCUCUCGGGAUGCUAAAGGCUCUGGGCAUUGUCGGUUCUUGAGAUCACUUGUGACUUUGGUCACAAGGUGGCAGCAUUGUGAAACACAGUAGUUAGAAUGUGCACA